GCUGCCGCCGCUCUCCCCCUUCCGUCUCCUCCCGCCCCGCCGAGACCCCGCUCCGGCUCUGGCCGCGCCGCUCUCCUGGCCGCCACCUGGGGAUCCCGAGCAAGCGGCGAACACACAGAGAGACUGUUGCCUGCUCACUCCAGGUUGUCCUUGCUGGACGGAACCAUGAACUGGCAUUUUCCGUUCCUCCUCUUGGCCACCGUGACUUUGCCCUUGGUCUCCUCCCGCUUCAAUUCCCUGUCUCUGGAAGAACUAGGCUCUGACAUAGGAAUCCAGGUUUUCAAUCAGAUUAUCAAAUCCCGGCCUCACGAAAACAUCGUCGUUUCGCCCCAUGGGAUUUCGUCCAUCCUGGGGAUGCUUCAGCUGGGAGCCGACGGCAGGACAAAGAAGCAGCUCACCACGGUGAUGCGAUACAGUGUGAACGGAGUCGGUAAAGUGUUAAAGAAGAUUAACAAGGCCAUCGUGUCUAAGAAGAAUAAAGACACUGUGGCAGUGGCUAGCGCAAUGUUUGUCAAGAACGGCUUUAAAAUGGAAGUGCCGUUCGUUACGAGGAACAAGGAUGUGUUUCAAUGUGAAGUCCGGAACGUGGACUUUGAGGAUCCGGCCUCCGCCUGCGAGGCCAUCAACUUGUGGGUUAAAAACGAAACCAGGGGUAUGAUUGACAACCUCCUCUCCCCAGACCUCAUCGAUGGUGUGUUCACCAGGCUCAUCCUUGUCAAUGCCGUGUAUUUUAAGGGUUUGUGGAAAUCACGGUUUCAACCUGAGAACACUAAGAAACGUACAUUUGUGGCAGCUGAUGGGAAGUCUUACCAAGUGCCCAUGCUAGCCCAGCUGUCCGUAUUUCGGUGCGGGUCAACCAGCACCCCCAAUGACAUAUGGUACAACUUCAUUGAGCUGCCCUACCACGGGGAGAGCAUCAGCAUGCUGAUUGCACUGCCGACUGAGAGCGCCACCCCCCUGUCAGCCAUCAUCCCUCACAUCAGCACCAAGACCAUAGACAGCUGGAUGAGCAUCAUGGUGCCGAAGAGGGUGCAGGUGAUUCUGCCCAAGUUCACAGCUGUAGCACAAACAGAUUUGAAAGAGCCGCUGAAGGUUCUUGGCAUUACUGAGAUGUUUGAUCCAUCAAAGGCAAAUUUUGCAAAAAUAACAAGAUCAGAAAACAUUCAUAUUUCUCACAUCUUGCAAAAAGCAAAAAUUGAAGUCAGUGAAGAUGGAACCAAAGCUUCAGCAGCAACAACUGCAAUUCUAAUCGCAAGGUCGUCGCCUCCUUGGUUUAUGGUAGACAGACCUUUUAUAUUUUUCAUCCGACAUAAUCCUACAGGUUCUAUCUUAUUCAUGGGGCAGAUAAAUAAACCCUGAAGAGUAUAUAGAAGAACCAUGCAAAGCAAAGACUGCUUUGCAAUGAAGAAAAGACUCCUUUCCUACACCUUUCAUAGUUCUGUUAAAUAUUUUUGUACAGUACUUUCUUUUUCAAAAGUAGCUCUUAGGAACAGAGACUCAGUGAUAAAAACAUUUCUGUUCUGCAAUGUUUGAAAGGGAAGGAAGGGCAGGGUGGCUGCAACACGGUACUGAGAAAUGAAUAGAAAAGCUUCACAAUGUCUGAAAGAUUCUUUAAACUACUGAAUGGUUACCUAGGUUGAAAACCCUCUUGAGAAUUUACUGUCCAGGUUAGGAUUUUUGUUUUGUUUUGUUUUUAUGUGUGGCUUAUCAAAAGAAAUUUAAUCAGUGUGACAUGGGGCGGGGGGGGGGGCAUUUUAUGGUAGUUUUGACUUUUUUAUGGAACAAAGUAUUAUUCACCUUUUUAAUUUUUUUUUUAAUUUUAAUUUUUUGCCCAAUCCAGAGUCCAGAGUCUUGAUAGUAAUCAUUAUUUGGGCGGGUAGAAAUAGCAAAAUCUGUAGCCUCUAUAUGUUUUUUUGUUGUUGCUGUUGUUUUAUAUGAUGCAUGUAUUCACUAAAAAAAUGUUUAAGAAACUAAUGCCUUGCUAGACAAGGUUUGCUGUUGUGCAGCGUGCCUGUCACCACUGGUCUGUAUUCUUUGAAUUUGCAUUUUUCUAUUUUGUACAAAGUAAAAAAAUAAAGUGUUGUAAGUAGUAAAAAAAAAAACAAAAGAUGCAUUUCUCUACUUACUAAA